UCAAGGACGAUGGUCUUCUAGUUGAAAAGUUCCAGAAUAAAUUCCAAGAUGUUGUCCAUUUCGUCAGUUUAUCAGCCUUUUUGUCAGCGUCAAUUGGUGCAGGCAUUGUCUGUUGGUGCUAGGUUAUAUUCCAGUAAGAAACCUAUUGAUACCGAAUGGGCUGAAGGAGCAAAGAAGGAACUAAAAGGCAAGGAUGUGGAAGAAACUUUAACUUGGAAAACUCAUGAAGGUAUUGAAAUCAAGCCAGUCUAUACUCAAGAUGACACGUCACACAUGCCUAAAGAAAUACCAGGGAAAUACCCCUAUACUAGAGGACCUUAUUCUACCAUGUAUACACACAGACCCUGGACUAUUAGACAGUAUGCAGGAUUUAGUACAGUAGAAGAAAGUAACAAGUUUUAUAGAGAAAAUAUAGCAGCUGGUCAACAAGGUCUUAGUGUAGCUUUUGAUCUGGCUACACAUCGUGGCUAUGAUUCUGACAAUCAAAGAGUAUUAGGUGAUGUAGGAAUGGCUGGAGUAGCUAUAGAUUCAGUAGAAGAUACUAACAUAUUGUUUGAUGGUAUACCACUUAAUAAGAUCUCUACAUCAAUGACAAUGAAUGGAGCUGUUCUACCCAUCAUGGCUAUGUAUAUUGUCUCUGCUGAGGAACAGGGAGCCAAACAAUCAGAACUAGCUGGAACCAUACAGAAUGACAUCCUGAAAGAGUUUAUGGUCAGAAAUACCUACAUCUUUCCACCAGAACCUUCCAUGAAAAUUAUUGGGGAUAUUUUUUCAUAUACAGCCAAGAAUAUGCCCAAGUUUAACUCUAUAUCAAUAUCUGGUUAUCACAUGCAGGAGGCGGGAGCAGACGCUGUGUUGGAACUAGCUUUUACCAUAGCAGACGGUUUACAGUAUAUUAGAACAGGUUUAGAGAGUGGUUUAGAUAUUGAUAAAUUUGCUCCUAGAUUGUCUUUCUUCUGGGGUAUUGGUAUGACUUUUUAUAUGGAAAUCGCGAAGUUACGAGCAGCCAGAAAGUUAUGGGCGGAGCUAGUGAAAGAGAAAUUUAAACCAACCAAUAAAAAGUCUCUAUUAUUACGGGCACAUUGUCAAACAUCAGGAUGGUCUUUAACAGAACAGGAUCCAUAUAAUAACAUAAUAAGAACAGCCAUUGAGGGAAUGGCAGCAGUAUUUGGUGGAACUCAGUCUCUCCAUACUAAUUCCUUUGACGAAGCUCUUGGCUUACCAACUAAAUUCAGCGCCAGAAUUGCCAGGAACACUCAGAUUAUUUUACAAGAGGAAUCAGGUGUUGCUAAGGUAGCAGAUCCAUGGGGAGGUUCUCAUAUGAUGGAAUGUUUAACAGAUGAUAUUUACCAAGCAGCCAAAACCCUGAUAAAUGAGAUUGAAGAAAUGGGUGGAAUGGCCAAGGCAGUGGCAUCAGGAAUGCCUAAACUAAGAAUAGAGGAAUGUGCUGCUAGAAGACAGGCUAGAAUAGACAGUGGACAAGAGGUGAUAGUAGGUGUCAAUAAAUACAGGUUAAAAGAUCAAGAAUCAGUAGAUGUAUUAGUAGUAGAUAAUACAGCAGUUAGAGAAUCUCAGAUAGCUAGAUUAAAACAACUACGUGAAAACAGAGACAGUAAUAAGGUAGAACAAGUGUUAUCAGCUAUCACUGAAUGUUGUAAGACUGACAAAGGUAACCUAUUAGAGUUAAGUAUAGAAGCUGCAAGAGCAAGAUGUACAGUAGGGGAAAUAACUGAUGCUAUGGAAAAGGUAUUUAACCGUCAUACAGCCACAGGAAGAUUGGUGAGUGGAGCCUAUAAAACAGAGUUUGGUGAUAAAGAUGAAAUAGCUAAAGUUUCUAAAAGAAUUGAGAAAUUUAUUGAGCAUGAAGGCAGACGUCCAAGAAUAUUGGUAGCUAAGGUUGGUCAAGAUGGACACGAUCGUGGAGGUAAAGUUAUAGCUACUGGUUUUGCUGAUGUUGGUUUUGAUGUUGAUAUUGGACCACUAUUUGCUACACCUAAAGAAGCAGCCCAGCAGGCUGUAGAUGCUGAUGUUCAUGUUGUUGGAGUGAGUUCUCUAGCUGCUGGACAUAAAUCACUGAUUCCACAACUUGUACAGGAAUUAAAGAACAUGGGCAGAUCAGAUAUUCUAGUUGUAGCUGGAGGAGUUAUCCCACCACAGGAUUACGACUUCCUGUAUAAAGCAGGCUGUUCAGCUAUAUUUGGUCCAGGUACAAGAAUUCCAGAUGCAGCAUUACAUGUGAUAGAUAUAUUAGAAUCUAAUAAUAAAUCACCUAAAUCACAAUCAAGUUGA